CUGAGCGAGAUUAGAAUGGUUCUCCAGCUCCUUAAAAACAGCAAGGCCCCAGGCGAGGAUGGAAUUACAGCGGAGCUUCUGAAAGCGGGUGGAAAACCGGUACUUGAAGUCCUUCAGAAGCUCUUUAAUUCCGUCCUCCAUGGUGGCAUUACACCGGAGGCUUGGAGCGGAAGUGCGGUGGUCUUGUUGUUUAAGAAAGGUGACAACGCUCUCUUGAAGAACCACAGACCGAUUUCGCGGCUCAGAAGCCGCGUCUACGUGCUGUUUUCGAGAGUCAUUACGAAUCGUCUCGCGCGCAUACUUGAUGACUUCCAGCCUCCCGAACAAGCCGGUCUCCAAAAGCGCUUUAGCACCAUAGACCACAUACAUACCCUUCGGCAAAUUGUACAGAAGUCCGAAAAGUACAAUUUGCCACUAUGUCUGGUGUAUGUGGACUAUGAGAAAGCCUUUGAUUCCGUUGUAAGGAAGAAAAUGUGGGAACUGUUGCCGGGGUAUGGUGUGGAUGGCCGAUUGCUAAGGGCUGUGCAGUCUCUUUACUGUGACUGUAAAGCCUGUGUGCGGGUAGGGCAUGACCUGUCACCCAUGUUUAGCGUCCAAACGGGCGUAAAACAGGGUUGUGUCAUGUCUUCCUGGCUGUUCAUACUGUAUCUCGACAGCUGUUUACAAAAGCUGAAAGAUAGCUGUUUGGGUGUGAAAUUGGGUGACAUAAAAGUAAAUUGUCUGCUGUAUGCUGAUGAUGCAGUGCUUAUUGCACCAUCAGAGGCAGAACUGCAGGCAUUAGUCACGUGUAUGAAAGAGGAAUGUGAAAUUAAAGGUCUCCGUUUGAAUGCUAAUAAAACUAAGGUUCUGGUAUUUGAAAGGGACGAAGAGAGAACGAAGUGUGAAAUAUGGGUAAAUCAGGAAUGUCUAGAACAGGUAAAUGAAAUUGUAUACUUGGGGAGUGCUUUUAGCCGGGAUGGAAGAUGUGAUUUAGAUGUGGACAGGCGUGUCGCUGCCGGGAACAAAGUCAAUGGUGCCCUGACUGCGUUAGUCAAAAGGCAAGGCGUAGCGAAGAGUGCACGCCUUGCAAUACAUAACGCAGUGUUGGUACCGACUUUGUUAUAUGGCAGCGAAACCUGGGUAUGCCAGAAGAAGCAUAAAAGUAAGUUGAAUGCAGUGGAGAUGCGAUCUCUUCGUAAAAUGUGCGGCGUUACUAUGGCCGACCGAAAGCGAAACGAAGAGAUUCGCAAUAUGGCAGGUUUGAAAGAUGACCUUAUCACAAAAAUUGAUAAGGGCGUGCUUCGGUGGUUUGGGCACGUUGAGCGAAUGAGUGAAGACCGAAUGGUGAAGAAAAUAUAUAGCGCGAAAGUUAACAUUAAAAGGUGUCGAGGUAGACCGAGACUAACUUUCGAAGACCAUGUGAGCAAAUUGCUCGAAGAGGGUAGGGUCAAGAGUACUCGGAUACCUAGACGUGCAUGUAUGAAGAAGAUAAUGAAUCUGAAAGAAGCGAAAGAGAUAUGUAAGGAUCGUGACACUUGGCGAUCUGUUCUCUCUGGCUACCCCGUCAGGGAUGUGCGUGAAGAUAAGUAA